AAAAAACAAAAAAAAUUCAUACCAAACGAGGUGUUAACUCAGUUACCAGUAUCACCCUCGCUAAUGGCGUUUUCGAGGGUUCCUCUGUCUAGGGUUCCUCUGUGUCGGCAUAAUUAUCUCUCUUCUCUCCUUCCUUUCUCGUUUUCUCAUCUCACACUCUCUCUCCAACCCAACCGUACCAGACUCAAUAAUCUCUCUGCUUCUCUCUCUACCCAAGAACCAGCCCCUUCGAUUGAUUCUUCUUCUGCAAAUCCCAAGCAGAGGAAUCGCUGGAAGCCAAUGUGUUUGUACUUCACGCAAGGAAAGUGCACUAUGAUGAAUGAUCCUAUCCACCUAGAGAAAUUCAAUCAUAAUUGCUCUGGGGAGCUUAAAGUAAGCUCUCCUACGGUCAAACAAACACGCUCUCAACAGUUAGACUUCUUUCUUGUGCUUGAUUUGGAGGGAAAAGUAGAGAUUCUGGAAUUUCCUGUUCUGAUGCUUGAUGCGAAAACGAUGGAUGUCGCGGAUAUGUUCCACAGAUUUGUGAGGCCCUCCGCUAUGAGCGAGCAAAGAAUAAACGAAUAUAUAGAAGGAAAAUAUGGAAAAAUAGGAGUUGAUCGCGUUUGGCAUGAUACAGCUAUUCCAUUUGAGGAAGUUAUUCAACAGUUCGAAGCUUGGAUGGUUCAACAUGACUUGUUGGGCAAAGAGCUGAAUGGGCGUCUAAGUAGAGCUGCAUUUGUAACUUGUGGGAAUUGGGAUUUGAAGACAAAGGUCCCUCAACAAUGUGAAGUAUCAGGGAUGGUGCUCCCCCCAUAUUUUAUGGAAUGGAUCAAUUUGAAGGACAUCUAUCUGAACUUCUACAAGAGGAGGGCCACAGGAAUGAUUACGAUGAUGAAGGAACUUCAGAUACCGCUGGUAGGAAGUCACCAUUUGGGAAUUGAUGAUACAAAAAACAUAGCAAGAGUGCUGCAACACAUGCUUGCUGAUGGUGCUCUUCUGAAGAUCACUGCAAGGAGAAAUCCAGGAAAUCCAGAAAACGUUGAGUUUUUUUUUAGGAACCGGAUCCGGUAGGAGCUCACUUGUGGCUAGACGUGUAAUCUGCAGUUGUCACAGUGGAAUUGUGUAACUUUUUUUUUCUUUGUAUAAUUAUUAAUUAAAGAGAUGCAAGUGACUGCUAGGAGUUUCAGUUCAUGCAUAAAAUUGUAGAAGAACAAUCUAUUGCAACAUAAUAUUACAAGUAUGAUAAUGGUCUAAAUUUACUUUAAAGCCUUUGCAUGAA